AUGGCAGGUUUAGCGUGGGUUGCUGGGCGAAUGUCUAAAGUCUACGAGAGACUAGGGAAGAUAUGUCCAGCCAAGCAGAGAGUGGUGGAGGUGAAGUCUUCCCUAGAGGAUGUUUAUAGGAAUUGGCUUGUGUAUGUAAGAGGGGUGGAGAACUGGUUGAGCGAAACAUCGGGAUGGACAGAAAGAGCUGAAUUCAACACUGGGUGGGAAGCGAGCAGUCUUUGCCAACCUGGCUUUGGUAUCAAGGUAUGCUUCCCUUUCUGGGUCACUUCUCAUGGCGCACUACUGGUGGGCGGCGUAACAUUCGAUGGCCAGAGGAGCAAUCAGCUACUACUCCUUCAACAUGCUCGUAUCCAAACACCUGCACAAGUAGCUCUAAGAUUCGAAUUAUCGCGGCAUGGCACAUACGAUUUCGACAAGCAACAGUCUCCCCAGCUUAUAGGGCAUCAAUUUGAGCGGUUGGGAAAUAUCUCUAAGGAAAGUCUCGACAUCAAUCCCAUCCUAAAUGGAGGAAGGCUGACAUUCUGUGCAGAUUCUCUGCGCUUCUUAGCAGGUUAUCUAGUCGUCCCCAUCAUCCUCGAUAACUUGUCAACGUUCUAUCCUUUUCCGAAAUGA